AUGUCAUAUAAAAUUGCCAGGAAGGUGAAACUCAGCAUUCUAUUUCAGGGUGUUUGUAGAUUGUUAUCAGAAUGCACAUGGCUGCACGAUGGAAGGUCCGUCACCCUGAACCGUGGGCUGAAUGUCACCUCCCAGAAGGACCCGCCGAAGGACCGUAACCUCGCUGAGAAGGCCCCGACGCUGAUAAAUGCUGCUGUGACUUACUCCAAGCCUCGAUUGGCCACAUUUUGGCAGUAUGCCAAGGUUGAGCUGAUUCCUCCAAACCCUGCUGAGAUCCCUACAGCUAUUCAGAGCUUGAAAAAAAUAGUCAAUAGUGCUAAAACUGGUAGCUUCAAACAUCUCACAGUUAAGGAAGCUGUGCUGAAUGGUUUGGUGGCCACAGAGGUGUGGAUGUGGUUUUAUGUCGGCGAGAUCAUAGGCAAGCGUGGCCUCAUUGGUUAUAAUGUUUGAAGACCAAUCUUUAACAUCUGGUUAUAUUUGAUUUCUUAUUUGAGUGUUCCUGGGCUAUGUGUGAUCAGACUGGUAUCUGAAUAAAAUAAGACAAUAUCAAA